AUGGGUAACUCCAAGCCUCCUCUAGAGUCCCAGGACAAUGACAAGAAAGCCGUUCCUACCGAAAUAGCUGCAUCACAGCCACUUUAUCCGAGCCUACAGAAUGCCUUUGCAGAUCAGCCUCAAUUCGGGAGACCGUCAAUGCCAGGCGCCUCUCCACAGCCGUAUUCAAGAACACAGCCUCUUGUCAGACCGAACAGCUCUGCUCCGCGACAAGUCAGCGGCAGUCAACCACGAGACAAGUAUUCCAACCUGUUCGUGUCUGCGAAGAAUCCAUCGCAGCGCCCAGCGCUACACAAACCGAGGGCUAUUGCCGACCCUCUACAGGCCUUUAAGAGCGGCCAGACUGCGACGCAGCCCGCCACUUCGACUUCCUCACGACCAGAUUCUCGUGAUAGCGACUUGUACGAGAUCUCCAAGCCUGCGAACGUUCCCAGCUGGCAGCCUAAACCUUUCGUCGCGCCCACGUUUUCAUCUCAUCAGCCUCCAAAUCAAUUCUUCAGACCUCAAAAUGUCGUGGACCUCACAAGAGACCUUCCCGUUCCACAAAGAACUACGUACCCUUCGAAUAACCCCUCCUACCAGUUCGACCGGUUUGAAGCCACAGAUCCCUACACAUAUAUGGAUUCGGCCAAGGCUAACGAAGAGAUCAAGGCUUUGCUGGAAGGCGCUCUCGAAGACGAGGAAGAUAUCCCGCGCACGAGACGGAGAAAGAAACAAGUGGACGAGAAGCUCGAAGAUCUUGCCAACAAGGUGAAGGCCCUCGAGGUGACCAGUGAAGACAAGACAGACGACCCCAGUCACGAGAAGAUUGAGGAAGAGGACGAUGGUGUCGUUGAAGGUCUCAAGGUCAAACUGCUUCCUCAUCAGAUCGAUGGUAGGGACUGGAUGGUGAACAAGGAGACCGGGAAAAGCCCAACCAAAGGUGGCAUUUUGGCCGACGACAUGGGUCUCGGGAAGACUAUCCAGUCGAUUGCUCUAAUUCUCACGAACCCUAAGCCCAGCGGAGAGGAAGCCUCAGGGGCCAAGCGCAAAUUCCCAGAAGGAGUUGGCAAAGGCACACUUGUUGUCGCGCCCUUAGCUUUGAUCAAGCAAUGGGAAGGCGAAAUCAAAGAUCGCGUUGAAGAGGAUCAUGCCCUCAGAAUAUGCGUUCAUCAUGGCCCGCAGAGAGCGAAAAGUUGCAAGGAAUUGAAAAAGUACGACGUCGUUAUCACGACAUACCAAACUCUGUCCUCCGAGCAUGGCGGAUGCUCAGAAACCCUCCGCGUUGGCUGCUUCGGUGUCCACUGGUACAGAGUCAUCCUCGACGAGGCCCACUCAAUCAAGAAUCGCAACGCAAAAGCCACAAAAGCAGCCUGCGCGCUGGAUGCCGUCUAUCGCUGGUGUCUAACCGGGACGCCCAUGCAGAACAACCUCGAUGAGCUGCAAAGCUUGGUCCACUUCCUUCGCAUCAAACCCUAUUCUGAAUUGGACCAUUGGCGCGAGAACAUUACUCGGCCCAUGAACAACGGCAAGGCUGGUCUCGCAUUUAGAAGACUCAAGCUCAUCCUGAAGAGUUUCAUGAAGCGCCGAACCAAGGAUAUUCUCAAGCAAGACAAUCAGCCCAAAGAUGGUAAAACUCGCGCCAAAAAUGAAGGGAAAGACCCAGGGUUCAAGAUAGUAGCUCGAAUCGUGGAGACUGUCGAGGCUGAAUUCAGUCAAUCAGAGCAGGAGUUCUACAAUCGACUGGAAUCAAGAACGGAUCGAAGUCUCGAAAUGAUGAUGGCGGGGAAUAAGAUGAGCUAUGCUUCGGCAUUGGUUUUACUCAUGCGCUUACGACAAGCAUGCAAUCACCCGAAGCUCACGGGCAGCGAUCUGAGCACGGAGACUGAUGCAACAAGUGGUAGUCAGACUCCGAGUCGUAGAAAGGCCAGCGCGGAGGACGAUAUGGACAAUAUUGCGAACAUGCUUGGUGGACUGAGUGUCGAAACCAAGAAGUGUGAUAUGUGUCUAACCGAAUUGACGCCUGGAGAGGCCGCUAAGGGUGCAAUUCGAUGUUGGGAGUGUCAAGAGGAUCUGGACAAGCAGAACGAUCGAGUCAAGGCGGUUGUGAAGAAGAAGAAAGAGAAGAGACGCAAAUCAGAGGUCAAGACAAUCAAAGCGCAACGAAAAGUAGCACGACACGUUGUUCUGGACAGCGACGAUGAAGAUGAUGCUGAAACCCCCGAAGACGACGAGGAGAUUUCCUCCCCUUCAGGCGAGGACGAAGACGAAGAUGACGACUACACCUCCUCUGACGAAGCGGACGCCUCCCCACCCACAGUCAUGCAAUCCACAAAGAUCCGCCACCUUCUGCACGUCCUCAAAGAAGACAGCCACAGGCACAAAUACAUUGUCUUCUCUUUCUUCACAUCGAUGCUCGACCUCAUCGAGCCGUUUCUGAAGACAAGCCGGAUCCGCUACGUCCGUUACGAUGGAAAGAUGCGCAACGACGCGCGUGAAGCGUCUCUCCACGCCCUCCGUACUGACCCCUCGACAAGAGUUCUGCUCUGCUCGCUUCGGGCUGGCAGCCUUGGCCUCAAUCUGACGGCGGCAAGUCGGGUCGUGAUCCUUGAGCCGUUCUGGAAUCCCUUUGUCGAGGAACAAGCGAUUGAUCGCGUCCAUCGAUUGAAUCAGACCGAAGAUGUCAAAGUCUAUAAGAUGACCAUUAAGGGCACUGUCGAGGAGAGAAUACUGGAACUCCAAGAGAAGAAGCGCGAGUUGGCGAGGCAGACCAUUGAAGGCCAGGCGGGCAAGAAGAAGGCCCUGGGUCUGAGUCUGCAGGAUAUGAUGCGGUUGUUUCGCCGGGACGCGGAGGACGAGACGCCCAUUGAUGUUGAGCAAGUGGGCAAGGGACGGAGUAAGGGAUUGUUGGAGCGACGAGCGGAUGUGCCGACAACGAUCCCGGGUUCAGAGGCAGCCUCUUCUUCUUCCAUCACUACUGGUGCGAACGGAGACGGUCGCAACCAUGCUCAUGCUCAAGCUCCGCGGAGGGGCGCCAGUGGUGGUGGAUGGUCCAGCAACAAGCCGCGCGUGAGUGGUGAUGGCAGCAAGAGGAAUGAGAAUCCUGUCUUUGGUAGACGAUGGGAUUGA